AUGCUGCGCUUCUUCUUGUUGACGGCGACUGUGGCAGCGAUAGCGCUCGGCUUCUGCCCUCGAAAUUCGGCCCAAAGCGGGUCACGUGACAAAUGCUUUGCCUUCUACAAUUUUCCGAUGAAGUUCGACGACGCGGACACGUUCUGCUACAAUCUGGGCGGGAGGCUCGCCUCGCUGACGAACGCGUUUGAGGCCAGUGCUGUUGCCGGGCUGAUUAAAAGUCAGGGCUCCUCCGCCAACCUCUACUGGAUCGGAGCCAGGUCGACGAAUGGCAAGCCCUUUUUCUGGCUGGACGGAACGCCGUUCUCCUAUACAAACUGGGAUUCAGACAACUGCGAGCCGAAAUUGGAGUGCGCCACCGGACAGCUUGCAAAUGGGAAAUGGGCGACGAGCAGCUGCGGAGCGUUGCUGCCAUUUGCCUGCGCUCUUGAUCCGGCACCGCCAAUCUGUGACUCAACCUGGGCGUGGUUCCAACCAAAGAAUGCAUGCUACAAGGUCAUCCGCGACUUUACGUCGUUCACGGAUGCAGAUCAGCACUGCCGCUCCCUUGGCGCGAAUCUCACGUCGAUCCGCGACCGCACGGAGAACGACUGGGUAUACGAAUUGGGCACCGCCAACUACAAGCUCGACGCAACGGACCAUGACGUGCAAACGUGGAUCGGGCUCAAGCGUAACUACAAGGGUGGCUCGUGGUACUGGACCGAUGGGACCCCGUUCUCAUAUUCGACGUGGACCAAGGAUGAGCCGGCCGACGAUCACGACGAUCAGAAUUGUGUCGAGCUGGCCGAGGGCCAAAUCGACUGGAACCGCGACGGCCAUGUCCUCAGCGCCGAGCAGAAAAGGUUCUACGAGCGUGAGGGCUACCUGAUCAUCAAGAACGUCGUACCACAAUACGAGCUGGAGCGCUACAAGCGUCGUUUCCAGGAAAUUUGCGAGAUGAAGGACGUCAGCCGGUCGAUGCUGGUGAUGCGCGAUAUGGCGAUCAACAGGAGCGAGUACGUCCCCGGCGAGAAGGCCAUCAUGAAAGUACAGGAUUUCGGCGAGGACCCGGUGCUGUUUGACUACUGUAAAUAUCCGGCGAUUGUGGAUACGGUAAAGGAUCUGAUCGGAACGCCACAGUCGAAUCUGCUCGCGAUGCACACGAUGCUGAUCAACAAGCCGCCGGAUAGUGGCUCCCUCACCAGCCGUCACCCGAUGCACCAGGACCUACAGUACUUCCCCUUCCGGCCAGCAGACUACAUUUGCUGCGCGUGGACCGCCAUGGAAAAGAUCACCCGUGCGAACGGUUGUCUAGUGGUCGUCCCGAGGACUCACAAGGGCCAGCUCCUCCCCCAUGAAUACCCGAAAUGGGAGGGCGGCGUCAACCCGAUGUACCACGGAAUCCAGAACUAUGACGCCUCGAUGCCGCGCCUUCACGUGGAGAUGGACGCCGGGGAUACUGUAUUCUUCCACCCGCUUCUGAUUCACGGUUCCGGGACCAACCGCACUAAUGGCUUCCGCAAGGCAAUUUCUUGCCACUAUGCGAACGACGACCUGUGCCGCUACGUUGAUGUCGAAAAGGUUCAGGAGUUAACGGCCAACGAGAUCAUCGACGUGGCCCGUAAGCGCAUGGUCAAAUUCGGAAUCAGCGAGGAGGACGCGAAGAAUGCGAAGAUUGACUUUUCGGAUGUCUGGCGUCUACGAGCCCACGCCGUCAACGGCACUCGCAACAAUCUG